UGCCAGCAGCUGCAGCUAGCAGCAGAGCAAAUGUUCAUUUGGAUGCACACAUUGAAUGAAAGUCAGUGUAGGAGGCUGUAGUCAGCAGCAACUAACAAUAUCUGCACUAGGUGAAGUUAUCGCACAGUGUAGAUUUUAGGCACUCAGCUUCACAGGGCAAGCAGAGACACGCCUAUACUUUGGAAAAAUCCAGGUUGGAGAUAUUUGUGGCAGGGGAGGGAGCAGGCGGUGUGAGGUAAUGCAGCGGGUCACGGCGCAGCUCGUCGCCGGGCUGGUCGCAGCGGUGCUGUCGCUGCUGUCCGAGCAGUCCUGGGCAGAUGGUGGGGGGCCCAGCCUCUCUGAACGGGUUAUCUGGGCUGUAAAUGCCGGGGGCGACGCGCAUGUAGAUGUGCACGGUAUUCACUACAAAAAGGACCCACUGGAAGGGAAACUUGGUAAAGCCUCUAAUUAUGGGAUGCGUCUGCCAAUACUACGGUCCAAUCAGGAGGACCAGAUUUUGUACCAGACAGAGCGCUACAAUGAAGACAGCUUUGGAUAUGACGUCCCCAUUCGUGAAGAAGGAGAGUAUAUACUGGUUAUGAAGUAUGCAGAAGUUUACUUUGCUCAGUCACAGCAAAAGGUGUUUGAUGUUCGUCUAAAUGGCCACGUGGUGGUGAAGGACCUGGAUAUAUUUGAUCGAGUAGGACACAGUACUGCUCAUGAUGAGAUCGUGCCCUUCUCUAUUAGACGGGGCAAGCUGAGCGUGCAGGGAGAGGUGUCCACUUUCAAUGGCAAGCUCACUGUGGAGUUUGUAAAGGGUUAUUAUGACAACCCCAAGAUCUGCGCUCUCUACGUGAUGAAGGGGACAUUAGAAGAUGUACCAAAGCUUCAACCUCACCCUGGCUUAGAGAAGCCUGAGGACGAUGACGACGACGAUGAUGAGGGUGAAGUAGGCGAGGAAGGUGGGAAGAAAAAGCCCCCAAAAGGUACCCAUCACAGGGUCCAGUCAGGCCCCCGAACACCAAACCCAUACGCAGCUGACAACAGCAGCCUAAUGUUUCCCAUCCUCGUUGCGUUUGGGGUGUUCAUCCCAACACUGUUCUGCCUCUGCCGGCUGUGAGCUAAAACUAUCUACUAACGAGACGGACACGGGACUGUGAAGGAAGGGAGGAGAAUGAGGGGGGGAGGGAUGGUAACAGCAGCACAGGUAAAACAUACACACAGGAGAGGGCUGGACAAGGAAGUACACAAAGAAGACAAUAACUUUUGGAAGACCCACUGCAAGACGACGCAGAUGCUGUAAGAAUUGGGGGGGGGGAUGCAGGAAGUGUAUGCUGUGCGCUUCUCUGUGAAUUUGUUUGCAUCCACCUCUGCUGACCCUUUUGAACAGUGUUAGCCAUUUCCACACCAGUCCUUCAAAGGCUGGGGAGAAAAAAAAAAAAAACAUUUCGGCAUUAAAAGGAUGCUCAAGAGUGUUUGGUCCGGGACGGUUUUUGUAAACUAAAAAGCAUUGCUUUGUACGGGGCGUAGAAAGAAUGCACUCCUGCUCAGCAUCUGGCCAGACAUGCUACUUUCAAAUUGGAAAUGCUACUGCUGAGAAUUUGAUUAAAUAGAACUAACUAGAAAUCAAACACAGUCACGGUUAAUGGAAAUGCAGUUGUCAUCUGAGAGACAAGUGCAGAGAUGGAAUAUUCGUAUCUUUCUGUUCUAGUUGGUCCUUUUUUGUUGACGUGCCAUCUUCUACCUGCCAUGUUGAAAUAUCAGAAAGUCCUUUGCAAACCGGUGGGCUCACUUGCUGUCUAAUUCGCCUUCUAAUUCCCGAGGAUGGAUUUAUUUUAUAAGUUGCACAUCUAAUCUUUAAAAAAAAAAGCAGUUUCCUUCAGUAAAAGACGCCAUAUUCAUAUUUGGUGAGAGGCAAAGUUCAUGCUGUGAAAAGCUUCAUUGAGUCAGUUACAUCGCUGUAUUUUCUGUGACAUCUGCCUUUUUUUUCUGUUCAUUCACUAGUGCGUGUCUUUUGUUUCACCAAAGAAUGUCAUUUUUGUUAUUUUAUCAGAAAACUUCAAACAUGGUGGCCUGUUGUUGUUUUUUUUUUGUUUUUUAAAUUUGAAUUUUAUAUCUCUGUCCAAAAUGUGUUUUUAAAACAAAUGUGAGUAGUUGACUCUGAAGUGUUAAACUAUCACAACAGGUCAGGACUUCUUGAUAUUAGGAUUCUAAAUGAUUACAAAUCACCCCCCCUCGAUACACUUGCCAUGUAUUCUCCAAGUCACUCUUUGUAUAUCGGAUGUUUGUCCUCUGAGAGGUGAGAAAGCACAACAAUAAUAUAAGUUUAAAAAAUAAUAAUAAUAAUCAACUGUGUACCGGAUGUUAUGUGUGAACCUUUAUUCAAUUCUUCUCUUAGCUUUUUCCAUUCUGUUGUCGUCAAACGUUUCAGUGUUGCCUGUACAUUUUUGAGUAGUUACAUUGUGAAUUUCCCGUGGGGUCAUAUUUCGGUCUUUUGAGUUGAUCAAAUUGGGACAAAAUGAAAUCUAUGAGCCCCCCCCCCCCCCCUCACACAUAUCUAUGUUGUCGGCGUCCGCUUUGAUCUUUUGGACAAAAAUGUUCUUGUUGGCUUUCCACGCAGACUGAAAAGAAGCUUUGUUUCUUGGUUUUGGUGGCGUUGUUGUGAAGUCUCCUGUUAAUGUAUCUAGUUACUUACCUUAAGUGCUUAGCUCUACUCUGAGGAUGAUUUUGUAACUUUGCCUGUUUCACUAAUGCGUCUUAAGUACUCACCACCCAUCCACCCAAUCCUCCUCUCCCUUCUCUGACUAGUAUUGCUGUUGCCAUACGCAGUACUUGAAAAGUGAUUAAUAAUUCAGGCGUCGUGGAUGCUUCCUUACUCCUCAGUCCUCCUCAUUGUGAUUGAUGGUGGUUUAAAAAUUUGGUGCCAGAAAAUAUUUAGCCAGUUUAUGGUAGUGUUGUGUUUUUUUGUUUUUUGUUUUUGUUUUUUUUUUUGUUUCUUUUGAAUGUUGUAAUAUCUUACUCUUAUUUCAUACAGACUGGUGAGAAAUGAAAGAACAAACCAACAGUGUUUCAGUGUGCCUUGGCACUGAUUCCAGAAGUUUCCAGAUAAGUGUGUCACGAAGGAAACUGACUGGUGUCUUAUGCGGGAGCUUUAGCAUGUUUGGGUUGUUUUAGUGUGAAGUUUACUCAUAUUUUCACUUUAUUUUUGGUUGGGUUAAGGCAGCCAAACCUGGUGGGGUUUCCUAAGUGGUUAAUUGUUAGUAUCUUCAGAAUUUUGCUGGUGAUGCCAAAAUGCCUUGACUGAGUCUCAGCAUGUUUAUUUUUUAUUUUUUUUAAUUGGAAGUGAGACUAGACUUGGACCCUCCUUCAAGUCACUCCCAUCGGGUUUGAAGGUUUGUUUGUUUGUUUUUUGUUUGUUUCUUCUUGUAGGACAAAGAUGACCAUUUGAUUGCGUUGACCUUUGCCUUUAUGGUGGCACUUAGGCUCGCUUGAUGACACGGAUAUCGAGAAUGUGUAGUCCUUCCAUCUGUCUGCAUUUUCUGCCACUUAUCCAGGUCCCAGGACUGCUCCUUAAGCAGAGAUCUCUCUCUCCCCAGCCACCUCCUUUACCUUCAAGUGUUCCUAGGACAGAGAGACACAAUCUCUCCAGCGUGUCCGGGGUCUACUCCAGCCUAGUCCCAGUUGGACGUAACCGAAACACCUCAUCCAGGAGCGCAGAUCAGGUCCAAGUCAGAUGCCUGAUUGAGCUGAACUGGCUCAUUUUUUUGCAGAGAUCCAGCAGCUCUGCUGACCUGAAUAGCCAUCCAGUCUUUAAGGCAGAACCUAGACACCAUUCAGAGGAAGCUCAUUUCCACCGCUUGUAUUUGCUCAGUCUUUCUUUUGGUUGCUAUUUAGAGUUCAUGGCCAUAAGUGAUCCACAGGUAAAUCGACAGCUUCGCUUUCAAGUUCAGCGCUCUCCUCACCAUGACAGAGCACUGGAGCAUACACCUGCUCCUUCCUUCUGUCUCACAUACAAGACCUGGAGAUACUCAACCACCUCCACUUGGGGCAACAACUUGCUCCCAGCUUGGUGUGGACUCUCCACCCUUGUCAUGUGCAAGCUUGCGUCCAUCGCUCAAAGAAGCCAUCAAGAAAUUUUUAUAGUUCUUUAUUAUAAAUAGUGUACUAUUUAUAAUAUAGUGUACAAUUUGCAUGGUUUAAAAAAAAAAAAAAAAAAGGGGGGGCACACAAUGUCCUCUUGGAGCCUUGUUCUCACCCCUUGCAGGGAAAAUAUAACACCAGCUUCAGGGGGCCAAGUGGACCCAAGCCAUCCCAUCAAAAUGCCUCAUAGCACAGCAGAAAAUAAGGUCUCCUCGCUGCAGUCGUCAAGUGUGUGACUGAUUUUUGUUUUGGGGUUUGUUUGUUUUUUCUUUAUUUCAUUUGUCACCAAUCUGUGUAAGCGCCUUUCUUUCCUCUGAAAAGAUGCAAGACGUUCAUUUAAUCCAGCGCCAAAGUCACCAUAUUCUGCUCCUCUGCAAGUCUACACAGUCGCGUUUGUAUAUAAGGUACAAGAUCACACUUUUUAUCGUGUGACGACAAUGUUUUUGGUUUUAAUUUGGGGUUUUAAGUGAGGGUUUGUUUUUGAUCUUGUUUUGUUUCUUAUGAAGAUGACUUUGUGGCCUUUUCUUCUGGGGAGAAAUGGUUAUUGGUACAGAGUAUAAAAAUUCUAACAGGCAGCCAGAUGAGCUGUCUGUUAAACAAAUGAGAUUAUCUCUGAAUAUAUGGGAUCUUCCAUUGCGUUAGGUGUAAUUUAAAUCGGAGCGGGGCUGACCUGGAGAUAUUUUAUAAUACGCUUGGAUUUGUUUGAAAUUUUUUUUUCCUCAGGAUUUGUUUUAGUUUGACUUUUUAAAACGUGAUAUAUUAUUGGUGUGACAUUUUGCACUGCCUCGUGUAUUUUAAAAUGUGUGUGUGUGUGUGUGUGUGUGUGUGUGUGUGUGUGUGUGUGUGUGCGCGUGUGCAUGCGUCUUUGUUGCCUUGAAUUGUUAAAUACAAAUGCGCUUUACCAUCAUUCGCCUUGAGGUGGCUCUUUUGUUGGCUUAUGUCAAAACAGCCUUUUAUUUUUUUUCUUCCUUCUCUGUACAAAAAACUUUUCAGGGCUAGAUUUUCAUUCCACAGGAAGGACUCUUUUUAGGAGAACAGGACACAUGUUAGAAGAAUUAAAAUGUAUAUCAAGUCUGUUCUUAACCUCAACUAAAAAAACACAAAAGUUUUGCAGGAAAAGUGUAAUAAACAUAUACCCACAACUUAUUUCAAGCAGUGUCCUCACAUCCUUCUUUCCAGACCUUUUGUUGUUGGUCUCGUAGUUAACUACCGCAGUGGAAUGAAGAUCUGCUCUGCUUUUUUUCUUUUCCCACAAGAGAACCAAAGAAUUUCAGUCAUUCCAUCCAAAUUGUUCAUCAGAGUCCUAACAUGGUGCAAAAUAAUUACCUCUCAUCCUUUCUUUCACCUGGGAAACGUGCUAAAUCAAGCUAACACGUCAUUUCAUGUCUUGUCAUCGCGUUUAUUGAGGCCAUGCCAGAAUACUCAAUCUUGUUUUUGUUUUGUUUUGUUUUUUAAAAAUCAUUGUAAAAGAGUCGUUUGAAUUGCUCUGUAAUUAUUGUAAACUUGUUUUUGUUUUGGCAUGUUUUCUUUUAACUUUUUUUUUUUUUUUUAACUAAACGUGAGAUCAACUUAAACGGAAACAAAUUUGAACAGCAGAAAUCAGCCAACUUGCCCAUUGCCCAGGCAGCAGCCCAUUCAAUUUGAACAGCCGGGUCUGCUGCCGUGAAUGUGUAUGCGUGAGACAUGGAGUGUGCAAGUUGUACCUUAUACGCACGUGUUUGGUAAAUAAUUGCUCUUCUGAGGGAUGUAAGCAGCAGCAGGUGGACUGAGAAACUGUAUACGAGACCCCUGAUCUUCUGCCUCAGAUAUGGCAUAUAUGGGAACUGCUGAUAAAUGCUGUCUUUUUAAUAAAUGUGCUAUUUUAUCA